AGUCGAGUCGAUUGGAAACCUUUCCGUUUGCUCCUGUCUCUCCCUCCCUCUCUCCCGCUUUCUUUCGCUCUGCCAAGAAACCCGAGUCUCUGCAUCAAUUCGAAGAAAGAAAAGAGAAAGAAGCUCUAAUCUCCCCUUCCUCCUCUAAUCUCUAGCUUCUUCUCCGUCGUUCAACAAUCGGUGACCGCCGAUAUGGAUCAGAGGAUUCCAAGAAACGGGAUGGGAUCACCCCUGAUGCGGCUUCGAGAGCACCAGUGGUCUUCCUCGUCCUCGAGCAGAUUCGUUUAUCCGGGAGAUCGAUUCAUACCCACGAGGAGCCUGAUGAAUCUUGAGCUCGCACAAAGCUUGCUGUGGGAAAGGCUGCAGAAGAAAGACGAUCGCCCGGCAAUCUUGACCGCUAGGGAUGAGUAUAGGAGGAAGGUGAGAGAGCAGCUGACGCUGGAUUCGGAAGGGAAGCCGUUCAGGAUGCUGCCUUUUAGGGGAAUCCCAAGAAGAUGCAAGAACGUGCUUACUGUCGAAGAGAUGUUGCAGGAGGAGCGGGAACGAUCCAGAACCUUUAAGCCCUUCCGUCGCAUUCCCACGACUGCUGACAGAAUAUUGGAGGCGCAAAACCUAAUGGAUGACUACUAUUUAAACCUCUUGGACUGGGGGAAGAGCAACAUCCUAGCUGUUGCAUUGGGGCCCUCAAUAUACUUGUGGAAUGCUGAGAAUGGUGAGGUGAAGUUGCUUUUGGAAGCGAAUGAAGAGGAGGAUCACCCCACAAGCGUUGCAUGGUCUGGAGAUGGGAAAAUAUUGGCUGCUGGAUUUGCAAGCUCCAGAAUUGAGCUCUGGGAUGUUGCAGCCUCGCGUCAGGUGAGAAUCUUAGAAGGACACACGUCUAGAGUUGGAAGCCUUGCUUGGAAUCGGAACAUUUUGACAUCAGGGAGCCUUGAUGCCUCUAUCAUCAACCAUGAUGUGAGAUCAAUUGGCAGAUCAGCAACUCAUUUUCAAGGGCACACCGAUGAAGUGUGUGGUCUAAGAUGGUCAGGAGCUGGAGAUUUGCUGGCUAGUGGUGGCAAUGACAAUCUUGUUCAUGUGUGGGACUCUUCAAGCAUGGGAUCCUCCAAAUACCUACGCAAGUUUACUGAUCACUGUGCGGCUGUAAGGGCCCUUGCUUGGUGCCCAUUUCAGUCAAAUAUACUGGCAUCUGGUGGUGGCACUGCUGAUCGAUGCAUUAAGAUUUGGAAUGCUCGGACAGGGAAGUGUACAAAAAGCAUCGACACAGGUGCACAGGUUUGUGCAUUAGAGUGGAACAGGCAUCAUAAGGAGAUUUUGAGUGCCCAUGGUUACAGUCAGUUUCAGCUUAGUUUGUGGUCAUACCCUUCUAUGUCCAAGAUUGUGGAUUUAAGAGGUCAUGAAGCCAGAGUCCUGCAUCUUACUCAGAGCCCUGAUGGAUCAACGGUGGUGUCAGCUGCAGCAGAUGAAUCAAUUUGUUUCUGGAAGGUGUUUGGACCUCCUCCAUCGGCCUCCUCAAGGAUGUGCGAUGAGGAUUAUACCGGCCACCUAUCACUGAAAAGAUUCGAUAUAAGAUGAGAAAAAUCUGUCUGUAAGCAAGGUGGUCAUGCCUUGUCAGAGUUUCCAAUCAAUCUGAGUUGUCGUUACAUGUCGGAAAUUGGUGGUUUAAUUAGAUUAUUUAUGUAACGAGGAUUUGAUUCUUUUCCAUGCAUGUACAUUGUCCUUUGUAUAUUGGGACUAGGGAGGUUGGUAUCUUUUAUUUCCUUCCCCCAGCAUUGUAUCAUUUUGUGAAAUAUACAUUCAUUAUUCUUUAAAUUAAAGGCAAUAAUAUUCUUGUAUUAGCAAGAGGACGAAUUGUCUUUUUUGUCUGCUCA